UGCCGGUGCCGGUGCCGGUGCCGGUUCAGGUUCAGGUUCAGGGGUUGCGGCGGGGGCCGGUGUCGGUGUCGGGGCCGGGCUGGACCUGGUCCCUGGCUGGGCCAGGGCUGGUGCGGGGGCCGGGGCCGCGGCCGGGGCCGGGCCGGUGCUGGGUUAAGGGCCGGUGUCGGCUCCGGCUUGAGGACUUGUGCCGGUGCCGAGGCCGGGCCGGGCCGGUGCCGGGUCAGGGGCCGGUGUCGGUGUCGUUGCCGGUUUGGGGACCGGUGCCGGUGCCGUUACCGCAGCGCGGACGAUGCUGUUCUCCCUGCGCGAGCUCGUGCAGUGGCUCGGCUUCGCCACCUUCGAGAUCUUCCUGCACGGGCUGGCCCUGCUCGCUUUCUCCGUGCUGCUCGUGCUCAAGGUGGACGGCGCGGCCGCCGCGCUCUCCUGGUGGAUCGUGUUCGUGCCGUUCUUCGCCGCCGACGGGCUCAGCACCUACUUCACCACCAUCGUGUCCGUGCGGCUGUUCCAGGACGGCGAGAAGCGCCUGGCGGUGCUGCGGCUCUUCUGGAUCCUCACUAUCCUCAGCCUCAAGUUCGUGUUCGAGAUGCUGCUGUGCCAGAAGCUGGUGGAGCACACGCGGGAGCUCUGGUACGGGCUCAUCAUGUCGCCCGUGUUCAUCCUGCUGCAGCUGCUCAUGAUCCGGGCCUGCCGCGUGAACUGAGCCCCGGCCCGGGGGGGCUGCCCGGGGCCGCUCCCGGCGCUGCCCCGGUGAGGAGGGGCCGGUGACAGCCAGGACAGGGCCGUGCCCCGCUCGCGGCCGUGCUGCAGAGCAUCACGUUCCUCCACAAGCUGCUCAUCCCUGUUCGUGCCCCCUCAGCCCCUGCCUUGUCCUGUCCUGUGAGCGCGGCUGGGCAUGACAGUUAUUUUAUUUUAGAAUAAAAAUGCGUUGAAGGA